AUGCUUGCCGUUGGCCAAAUUGUAAAUGAAAGCUUGGACAUGGAUUCGGCAGAUGAGGCUGGUGUUCUGAUUCCACAUGCGUUGCAGCCAACUCUUCGGGUGAAUGCCAAGCUAGAGGUACAAUUCCUUGGCGAGGAGUCUGGAGUUUAUCUUUCCUUCAAAGCCAGCCGGGUCAGGGAAGCGACAGGCAGCCAGAUGUCUCCAGCACCCUUCAGAGGGUUGUGGACCCUGGAGAAGACCACUUGCAAGGGCGCAGAUUCCUCACAGAGUGCUUCCUCCCGUUGCCCAAUCACUCAACUUGUAGCAAGUGAGAAAAGUGCACCUGUGCCUGUGGGUGGCGCCUCCAGCUCCUGGAGUGUAAUGGGAAUAUAUCUCGGCGUCGUUUACACUAUUGGGCGCUUGCUUCGGGGUGUUUUUCAGGACUCAUCCAAGCGGGUGAUCUAUGAGGAGAUCCCUGACACCUCGCUGCUGGAGGAUUUGUGCAAUGGAAUCUACAUUGCUCGAAUCCAGCGCUUUCUUCGCACUGAGUACAAGCUCUUUUAUCAGUUGAUGAAUAUCCUGCGGAGCCCGGAGCUUCUCCUGAAUGUGACUGGAAACUUCUGCGACAAGAACUUCGAUAAUGAGAUGGAUCUUUCCGCAGAAGCCGAAGAAGAGGUAGAAAGACCUGAAGGAGGUGCAAAGGAGCAGUGGCGGACAAUAGUUGAAGAGGGCGAACACGAGUCCGAAGAGACCUACGUCGUCCCGGAGACCUUUGAAUUGUUGGAGGACGACCUCAGGCAAAUGGAAGACCUUGAAGUGCUCGAAGAACACCAUGUGCAUCACGUUCAAUCGUCAGAGAUGUCCUCACGCGGCAGGUUUGUGGGAGUGACAGAUUCUCGAGCGUGCGAGAUUGGAGGCGCGCAGAUGUCGCCACUCAGCGAGCUGAGGCGCCGCCAGGGUCGCAGACCAAUGUCGCGUGAUGGCGACCGCGUAGGCUUGUGA